CGUUUUAUGUUGCUAAAAAAAACAACAAAUUUUAUAUAUAAAAAAAAAACUAUUGAUUCUAAACUUCUUUCCUUGUAACUUGUCGGGUUUUUCUACGUUUAAUGAAUUUGGAUGUUUUCAGAAUAAAGUCGGUCAGAGCUCUUAAAGCUCAUCUGAUGGCUACUAAAGGCAGACGCUUAUUGAUUUUAUUUUGAAAUCAAAGCCGCUGUCUCUGCAGCACCGCUGCAUACAGCCGCACACCAACACAGAUCCGCCUCUCGGAACCGGUUCUGACCAACAAAACAGUCACGAUUUUAACUGACGCUGCAAAUGUGUGGAAGGUUUUAACUAGGCCUAAUGGAGUCCAUGUAUUGGUUGUUUCUUAAAGGAAUGGCCUCUGUGCAGCGGCGGUUCGUGCAUGAAUGCGGCCUUGGGUGAGCCCCCCUCCCAUUCAUACUAUUGGAUUCAUGUAAGUGACAAGAGGAGUUUUUAACAAAUUUUUUAGCUUUGAGGAAAACUAGAAGGACUUGGUUGUAUAGAGGCUCAACGUGGCCACAGUUAACUAGAUAAAUGAUUAAGUGUGCUUGUAAUUACUUUAAAUUGUAAGAAAACACUGAUAAUUUUAUAAAGAGAUAAUAAAUGUAUUAUUUAUAAAAGGCAUAUAUACUUAUUUCAAUAAUUAGUUAUUUAAUGGCCACAUGUGUGGAACUUGUGCCUAUCCAAGUCUAUCCAGUGGGGCUUACUCUACUAUACUCAGGAUACUGUGUCCUAACCAGUCAGAUGUUAUUCAGCACAUCCAUCCCUUAUCCUAUUGGCUAUACCUGUUAAAUCUUUGUCAGCAUCGCUGAAGAGAGAGUGCGUGGUCUGAUGCCCUCCUCCAGCGUUCACAGGCCACCAUUCACACACAAACUCACCUCUAAGGGUGAUUUAGAGAAGUCAGUUAACCCAACAUGCAUGUUUUGGCAGCGUGGGUGGAGGGACCUGGAGAUACCCAUGCAUACUCCAUGCAGAAAGGCCUCGUCAUUAUUCAAACACAGGACCUCCUUGCUAACGUCUAUACCACCGUGCAGCAGUAGUUCAUCACAGGAACACUAAAAUAAUUCAUCAAUAAGUAUAGGAAUUCAAAAAACUCUCCAAUACCUGGAGAAGACAUUGAAAAUAACAGUUUAAUUAUUGAAUUUAACAAUUAAUUAUGCAUUUAGCAACCUACCGGUCAUGGAUACAAAUGAUUCUAUUUCAAAUUCUAUUUUCAUUUUAUUGAUAUAAGUUUAUUUAUUACAUUCUGACACUUUAAAAUAUUUCUGUGGCAAUGAUUUGACCAGUCUUUAUGUUGCAAUGUUGCCACUUGCCUCGAUCUGAGGUUGUCCAAAACCCAAAAAUAGCAACAAAAUAGAUAUUUUUGUCAUUUCCCCAAAUAUUUUAUAAAAAGUUUCCUAACAUUUUUAUCUGUGUUUUAAGGAAUAUUUGUUCAGUACAGAAUUAUAUAGUCCAUCUUUGACCAGUCUAGAUAUUUUAUAUUUCGAACUGAAUACAAUAUAAAAAUUCCUUGAAAUUCUUUGAAAAAGUUAAAUUAGUUUAAAGCCAAACUACAUUUUCAACUCCAACUAUUCUGUGAACAGCCAAUUUUUUUUUUUUUUACAGUGCUUACACUGUGCAGAACAUAUGGGGACAAUUUUCUAGUUACUAGACGUGCAAACAAACAAAUGAGGUAGCACCUCUGCUACCCCAUAGAAGUAGGCACCCUGGGGAGAGAACCACAUCUCCCAUGUCAAAAAUAGCCACUUACUUUAUGGUUCAGGAAGAGAAAACCAGUUUGCAUGGAUGAGACACAAACAAUCAAGCUCAUCAUCAUCCUCAACAAUAAGGAGAGAGAAGCUGUUCUUUUCCAGGCGCUCCAAUCAAAGGGAAAUCAGAACAAAAAUAAACCUGGCUGUGGACUAGUGAGUAAGUUCUCUGUGUUUUAGUGACAGCUGUUGGCCGGCGCUGAGAAACCUGAGACUAAAGCUUCAAAGACCCAAUCCCAAAAUUCCCACAUAACCCUAAGCACUUCAGCAGACCACCACACAAAUACUGGAAAAGCAGAAGAAGAGAUGAGGGAUACAAAGGAAUGUCUUCUUAUCAUGGUUGGACUGAGCGCAAAAGGAGGCUUGCAUUUAUUAUUAUUAAUAUUCUUCUGUGUGAACUUCGCUGUUAGGACAUCUGUACAAUAUGAAAGCUACAGUUUUAGGAGUUUUCCCAAAGAAGAGCUCCUUCCCCUCACCUCAGCCUACGGACUGGCGAUGGAAAGCUAUGCAACAGGAAACUGGACUGAAUCCAUCCAGUACUUGGAGCAAAGUUUGCGUUUGCACCGACUUCUCAGGGAAAGUGUGAGGUACUGUGUAAUCCACUGUAACAGCAGCAGUCACGAGGAGCCGCUUUUCACUGCAGCAUCCUCAGAUCUAAGAGACUACUGGCGGGUCAUGAGGACGGCGUCCUGUCGGAAGAAAUGUAGAGCGCAUUUCCCAGUGCUGCAGCUGCCGCUCCCCAGCAGGGAGACCCUGGACGAGUUCAGCAGAAGAUUUCCAUACAGAUAUCUGCAUUUUGCUCACUCAAAGCUGAACGACCUGCAGAGGGCUGUCACGUGUGCCCACACCUUCCUCCAGAGAAACCCUGAGGACCAGGAGAUGCUCCGACUGAUGGAGGAGUACAAGAGCGAGUACGACCUCAACGGCUUCCUCGUUGAUCACGAAGAACAUUUUUAUGAGCCCUCGUUUGUUAGCGGUGUGAAACUGUUCAACUCGGGCAACUACAACAGCAGCAUCGAACACCUGGAGGAAGCCUUGAGGCUCUACCUGCAGGAGUACGACCUUUGUCAGGCAGAAUGUGAAGGGAUCGGUCAUUUCUCCUCAGACAGGGACUUCUACGCUCUAUUAGCAGAAGUCUACAUCGACACGUUGAAGUGCAAGAUACAGUGUGAGGAAAACCUAAUGUGGAGAAUUUUGUGCCCACUUAUUUACCACUACCUCCAGUAUGCUUAUUACAAGUUGAACGACGGGCGCAGAGCCGUGCCCUGUGCGUACAGCUACUUCCUGUUCCAGCCACAAGACCCAGUAAUGAAGCACAACCUGCUGUAUUAUAAGGCCUACAGUCCACAGUGGGGUCUUCAGUCCCAACACCUAACACAGAGGCCCUCAGGUACUACGACCAGAGCGUCGCUCAAAAACAGAUGUUGACACUUGUAGGAAAGUACUUGGAGAUGAAUGAUGAGGAUUUUUGUGGACCGGAAGAAAAUGGACUCUUGUCCUCCGAGUCUCCUGAUGCUGAGUUUGAAGGUGUGGGAAAUUACAAGGAGUCCAUUUUUGCAAACUGGAGGCAGAUGAAAGGAAAGGGAGAUGCAGGAAAGCAGCGAG